CAGAGCAGCCCCCAGGCAUGCUGAGGUGGGAUGUGAAGGAAUGAGCUCUGGUCUGUGAGUGUGGAUGAGGCUGCAGGGCUGAUUCCCCCCGUGCCGAGCGCCCAGCGCCGUCCCCCUUCCUCACUCUUGGUGCUUCUUGGUGCUGAAAACUUGGCUGAUGUGUGCUGAGGACAAAGCCAUGCCUGGGCUUGGCAGGCUGGGUUUAGUGAGUGACAGAGGGGGACACUCUCGUUGUGGCCAUGAAAACCCCUUUGGUGUAUUCACAAUUCCUGUGGGCAGCAGCUGAGUGCUUUGCUUGCUUCAAAACUUAAACCUGCUCUUAACCUCUGCAAAGGGACUGAGCCAUGGCAUGGAGAAUUUAUUCCCUGCAAAGGGACUGAGCCAUGGCAUGGAGAAUUUAUUCCCUGCAGCUUACAGAAGUUGUUUGUUGGGGGGAGUUAAAUGAAAAUGGAUUUUAGCAGCUCUGGAGAGCUGGUUGCCAGAGGAUCAGUUGCACCAGCAGCUCUGUUUGAGAACAAGAGAAAUAAAAGCAACCCUGAAGCAAAUGAAACGAUUAGCACAGCCAGCUCAAAAGCUGUGGAAAAUCAUUUAUUUAUCAAAGGUCAGCCCUGCUUUUCCCUCCCAUGCAGGUAGCUGAUUCCAUCCCUGACAAUCUAGUUGUCUUUCUAAAUGACUCACUGGGGGGGUUCUGAGGGUAACGCUCAAUCUUUAUUUCCCCCCUCUAAAGACACAAAUUGUGCUUUUAAUAACGAGCAGCAAGCGUUGGUUUUGAUUGGACACACAGGGGGGCCCAGAAUUGCUUGUGGCCUCUCUGGAGCUGGCUGGGCUUCCUCUGGGAGAGCUGAUGUUUUAAAUCCUGCAUUUGCUCGUGGCUUUUCAGUUCUGCUGUUUCCACAAAUGUAGAGAAGGCGAGCGCAGCAGGGCUCAGCCAUCGAUUCACACACAGGGUAUUCGUCUCUGCUAAUUAGCCCAGCCUUGCUGACCCACACUGAGGGAAAAUGAACCAUGAAGGGGCAGAAAAAUCCAACAGCAAAUGCAGUGGCUGAGCCAUUCAGCUCUCAGAGCCUCUCCUGCUUUUCCUGGGGAGGGAAUUGUACUUUUAGAUGUCACUCAGCUGCAGUUCUCCUGUGCUUGGCUCUGUUGCUUUGGGGUCACCCCAGCUUCCCGUGGAGAUGCAAGAAAGGGGUCCCAGCCCCCCAGGCACGUGGUUUGGAGGGAGGGAGGGAGUUUUUGGCUGGUGUGAGCCCUUGGCUGAGCCUCCUGCUGUUCUCUCCUCAGGCUGGUGGUUUGUGAGCACGCUGGAGGAGCAAGGCUGGGUGCCAGCCACCUGCCUGGAGGCCCAGGAUGGAGUCCAGGAUGAGUUCUCAAUGCAGCCUGAUGAAGUGCCAUGGAGGUACUGGUCCCUGCCCAGGCACCUCGGCCGCCGCCGCACCCUCGGGGACUUGUACACCCCUGGAUGGGCUCAAGAGGAGAAGUACACAGUGAUUUACCCCUACACUGCAAGAGACCAGGAUGAGAUGAACCUGGACAAAGGGGCCGUGGUGGUGGUGACCCAGAAGAACUUGGAAGGCUGGUGGAAAAUCAGGUACCAGGGCCAGGAGGGCUGGGCCCCUGCCUCCUACCUCAGGAAGGGCAAUGGAGAUGGCUUCGCACCCAAGCUGGGCUCCUCGGCUCACUCCAGUGCCCUGGAGCUGGAUGGCAUCUCCAGGCAGCAGCUGCUGGCCAGCAGGGACAAGGACGGGCUGGGGGGCCAGAGGGACAGCAGGCUGGAGAGCCGGGCCCUGCCCAGCGCCGACAUCCGCCGCAAGUCCCCAAAGAUGAGGCAGAGGCCACCUCCUCGCCGAGACCUCACCAUACCCCGUGGUCUGAACCUGCCCAAGCCUCCUGUCCCCCCUCAAGUGGAAGAGGAAUAUUACACCAUUGCUGACUUCCAGACCACCAUCCCUGAUGGCAUCAGCUUCCAGGCAGGGAUGAAAGUAGAGGUUAUUGAAAAGAACCUGAGUGGCUGGUGGUACAUCCAGAUCGAGGAGAAGGAGGGCUGGGCCCCUGCCACCUUCAUUGACAAGUACAAGAAAACCAGCAAUGCCUCCAGGCCCAAUUUCCUGGCUCCCCUUCCCAACGAGAUGGCGCAGCUGCGGCUCGGUGACACCGAUGGCAGCAGCGCCAGCGAGGAGGUGACAGGGCCCUGCCGACCCCUGCCAGAGGCUCCUCCCAACGGCAUGGACUGCACUGGGAGGUGGGGCAAGGACUGGAAGGGGAAGGAGGCUCCUGACAGCGGGGACCUGGCCUUCGCCGGGGGCUACGAGGAGAUCUCUGACCGCGACAUGGAGGAGAAGCCCAGCCUCCCACCCAGGAAGGAGUCCAUCAUCAAAUCAGAAGGAGAGUUACUAGAGAGGCAGAGGCCUCCCCCCAAGCCCCCAGGCAUGAUCUUGCCCAUGAUCCCACCCAAGCAGUCGGCAGCCCCGAAGGACAGCAAGAAGCCAGAGCUCAAAGCGGAGAAGGCCAAACUCUUCCAGCUGAAGAACGAAAUGGGGCUGGAGUGUGGACACAAGGUGUCGGCCAAGGAGGUGAAGAAGCCAAACCUCCGGCCCAUUGUCAAGCCAACCAAGCCAAAAGCUGAGCCCGUGGAGGACAAACCUGAGCCCAUCACCCAGAACCCCUUCUUAAAGUCAAGACCUCAGAUCAGGCCCAAACCCGCCGCGUCCCCCCGGCCUGAGCCACCCCCAGCCGAUGACAGACUGGACAUUUGCAGCCUGCGGAGCAAGCUGAGACCUGCCAAGUGCCCAGAGAAGCCCUCAGAGCAGGACCCUGCUGCUGGGGAAAGCUCCUUCAGCAAUGCCAUGCUCUCCUCAGAGCCUUGUGGGCGCUUUCCAGAGCGGCCGGGCACGGAGAGCAAAGCUCUUCCCAAGCUGGACAUUGCCCCCAAAGAGGCACUGCCCAAACCUUCCCUGGGCCCAGCCAGCCCCCCCUGUGCCCGGGAUGCCCCUCAGCGCCCCGUGGUGCCCCCUCGCAGGCCUCCCCCUCCCAAGAAGAUGGGGGCUCCUGCAGCGAUGCCCACCGAGCCCAGGGCCCCCUCACGGGAGGCUCCCGAGGCCCGGCCCUCAGCAGUGCCAGGCAGGCCCAUGCUGGUCCCUCCCAAAGCCAAGCCCUUCCUCGCUGCCUGCAUGCAGGACGAAGCCAAAGCCAGAAUAAACCCAAAGGUCAUCUCCAAACCCGUGGAGAGAGGGGAGGCCAGGGAGAGGCCCUCAGCCGCCAUGUCCGGGCCCGACGUCUCCAGGGAAGCUCUGUACGUGGCAGUGGCGGAUUUUGAAGGUGACGAGGAGACCAACAGCUUCAGAGAAGGGACUUUGUUUGAAGUUCGUGAGAAGAACAGCAGUGGCUGGUGGUUCUGCAGGGUCCUGGCUGGGGGGCCGUGCUGGGAGGGCUGGAUCCCUUCCAACUACCUGCGGAAGAAGCCGUAGCUGCUCCAUGGCUGGAGGCUCCCUGAUCUCUCACCUGAGUAUUUAAUGAGCAGAUUAAUUUAUAGUUUUCUGUAAGGCUGGCUUUAAAAGAGAAGAUAAUAAUUGGAGAUCCCACGCCUCCCAGCUGGAGCCCCUUGGCAGCAGCUGGAGGAAGCAGCUCAGCCUCCCCUCCUCACCCCUGUGCUCCCUGUACCCAUCCUCCUCCUCACAUUCCCCAAAGGACUUGGCUCCCGUGGUUCUCUGUGCUGGGGAGAUGGACCUUGACUGACAUUUUGCCACCUCUGUGGUGAACUGGAGAGAAAUCCAGCAGCAGCCAAGUGGAAUGGUACCAUUGCAGGAAAUCACAGAAGGAUUUGCCUUUCCCUGAAGCUCAGGAUCACAGCCAAGAGUUGCAGUCAUGUUGCUUAGUCCAGGUCUGUAGCAGAACCAUGAGGAAUGUGGCAAAAAGGAUGAAAUGAUUGCUGAGAACAUGUUCCUGUAGCUCUGUCUCUGGUUAAGGGCUGUGCCAUGCUCUCCCUGCACGGGGAUCAUCCCUUGGUCCUUCCCUGCUCUACAAUGACAAGUGUUAACUUCAACAUCCUCCUGAUGGAAAAAAAUAGGGAAAAAUACCCCCUCAUUUACCAGGUCCUGCUAUGCUGCUCCAGGACAGCUCUCAGGCUUCUCCCCUGCAGUACUGCAACCAAACAUCAGAGGGGUUUUGCUUCCGGAGCUGAGGAAUUCUAUGCAAGGCACAGAGGACCAGAACGACCCCAAAACCCCUGGAAAAGGGAAUGCUUUGCUCUCCUCCCCACACAGACUGCCCUGCCUGUUGGACUAGGCGGGGACCACCCCUUCCAGGACCCACUGAGCUCCCCGGGCUGGCGGGAGCUGGGUCCUUCCCUCGGUGCUGAUUUAUCAAGUGCAAUCCACAAUGUGGGAGCUCAGCUCCUCAUCACCACCAGUUCUGAGGUGUGUCUGGUGCUCAGGGGCUGCCUGCCUUGUUUGUCACCCCUCCAGGUUCUUGCAUUUCACCCUGUGGGCCAGGUUGGCUUGGAGGGGCUGCUGGGCAAGCAGAGCCUGGGCUUUCUCCAUGCUGACAUUCCUGCCUUGCCCUCAGUGCUGCUUAUCCCAGCAGGAGGAUGAGCUGUUGUUCCCCAGUGCUGCUUUCUUCCUUUCUGUCCUUGGCUAUUUGCAGCUUCAGGGCCACAUUUCUCUCCAGAAGAGCUUUAAACCCGGAUGUCUGUGGGUUUCACAGAGUCACUGAAUUGUUGGGGCUGGAAGGGACCUCUGGAGAUCAUCCAGUCCAGCAUCCCUGCCAAGGCAGGGUCAGCUUUGGUGUUGACCAAGCGCUGUUGCCCUCUCUGGUCUAAUUGCAAGUGUGAGCAAUGCAGCCACAUUGUUUUGCUGCUGAAAAUAAUGACAAUUUUCCCUCUAAUUUGAGGCUGGCUGAAUUGAAGGAGCGCUCUCCACUCCCUCAGAUGCUCACUUCCUUUUCUGUCCAUAUUUUCCACCCUGGGAAUGUGAAGACCCCUCUGUUUGCAUACAGAAAAAACAGUGGUCAUUCUGGGAGGGCAAUGGGGCAGGUUGAUCUGAUAGGGAAAUCUGACCAUCCUCAUAUCCAGAAGCCCCAGAAUUCAUUUUUGGUGAUGGGAAUUCACUCACCCCGGUGUGUGGCUGAUUCCUCUCCCUCCCACCUGCGGUUUCCUCUGGUGGCACAUCAGCCCCUGAUGGGCUGACUCACCUGAGCUGGCAGAAGCUCUGCAUUUGCAAGGCAGUGCAAUAACAAAGCUCCUUGCUGGCACGCUGGGAGGUGUUGAUGUGCUGCUCCUGGUGGGUUGGGACAGCUCUGCCUGGCUCCAACUCAAUCCUUUCUGCUUUGGAAAGGAGUGGGGACAGGAUGAGUUAAAGCAGAGCUGCUCCACAGCCAAAUGCAGCUCCCACAGUAUGUGGGAAGGGCUGGACCUGUAUCCCUGCUCUUGACACGGGGUGGAAGGGCAGUGUGUCCUUUUCCCAGGCACCGUGUCCUUGCUCUGCCUUUGCUGAAUGGCCUUUUCAUCUCAGCUCUGUCUCAGAGACCUCUGUGCCCUGGCUCUCCUCAGAGAGGGCUGUGCUAUUUGUGUGGUCUCAUCUCUGGAGGAGGGCUGUUCCCUCUCCCCUCCCAGCCUGAGCCUCAGAACUGGUCGUGCUCCGUUUUCCUGACACAAGUACUGUAUUGGCUCACUGAGCAUGGGGCAGGAGCUCUCCCUUCUUCCCAAAGAGCUUCCAGGAGGGAGUGCCCGGUGGGAUUCCCCUCAGGAGGUGCCCACACCUGCAGCCUUACCCCUUUUCCACCCUCCUGCCUGCCCAGGGGCUGUGGGGAAGGUGCCAGGAGCCACUGGGCUGCCAGGGCUUUGUCCCCCCUCUGGUUUGUGCUCCUGCAGCCACCUGUGCCCCAAGCCAGGCUGCCUCUCCUCCCUGGGCCUCCCUGCCUACCUCGUGAGGAGGAGGAGGAUGGCCAAAAGCACCCCAAACUGGGGGGCAGCCCCCCUCCAGGCACAGCCCAGCCACCCAGAGCAGCCCUGAGUGCAGGGGCUGUGCCAAGGCUGGGGGCCCAGGGGCUGGGAUUUGGGGACAGGCCAGGCUGGGCACGUCCUGGGUGGGCAUCAGCCCUGCAGUGCCCAGCCCCUGCCAGGCUCCCAAAGCCCAUUUGUCUGUCCAUGUGUCUCUAUAGUAUGUAAUGUGUAUAAAUCUCCAUUACUGUGGGUGGGUGGGGGGCAGCAGAAGGUAGAUGUAGCUGUGUCCAUGCCCUGUCUAUACCUUCACCUUUAAGGGAUGGAUUUUUUUAUUUUUAUUUGCUGGGU